UUUCAUCAUUUAAGAGAUAUAAUUUUCAUCAUUUAAGAGAUAUGCAUGAUACUCAACCGUUCUCUGAAAAUUAGCUUAUAACUGUAAUAAUGAGAUUUGAAGAAGCAGAACUUCAAUGCAGAAAUAUUGAGUAUGAACUUGAUCGUAUAUAAUAUCUUUUAUGAUCGUGCUUCAACCCUUAUUUUUUUAUCAAAAAAAGUUUUCUUUCUUUUCAAAUUUGCUUCAACGCAAAUCUAAGUGAGCAAAACCUUGAGUGAGCUUUUGUUGCGCUUAUUAUAGCUAACAAUAAGAAACGUGAAAAUAAUUUACACUUUGUGUAGUUAAACAACGAGACGGUUACAAGCUGUUUAUAACAAAUGACGAUAACGAGAAGACGAGGACGUUGAAAUUUAUGCGGGAAUGUAGCUCGUUGAAAAUGUGUCAAUACGUUAAGCGGACAAAUUGAAGGAGGUUUAGUAGUAUGUAGCGUUCUACGUAAUAGCGAGCUUAGAAGCUUUCUGAGGUUAACGACGUAAUUCCGUCUCGUCGCGCUCCUUCUCGUUCAUAUCAAUCUUCUAGAGAAGACGUUUUACUUGUUGGGCGAAGAGACGAAGAGGGUCCCGCGCACCUCUCUCGACUGGCCCUCACAGCGAAGUAGUUAACGUCCAAAUUAGGACUAAUUACGAAUCAUUAAGACCGAUAUACAAACGCCCUGUUGUUCAGGCGCGUCGUGCAUCGCUUUGGAAGUAGUCAUUCCUGAGGAUUUAUGUGUUCCAUGCGACUCUUUUGGUACCGUUCUGCCUGCGGAAGAUGCUGCUAGAAACAGCUUUAAUUCACGAUGCCUUCCGACAGCAUGGACGACAUCGAGCUGAAGAACAUUCAGCUGCAAUUUCCGGCACUGAGAUAUCUCUCCAGGGACGACAGCUCCGUGCGGGAAGAAAGAGUGGAAACUGACAAGGGAAGUUUGCUAGUGGCGGUGCAAGGAAAUCGAGCAAAACCAGCUAUACUCACUUAUCACGAUUUAGGCCUUAAUUACAUCUCGAGCUUCCAGGCAUUUUUCAAUUACAUCGACAUGCGUGUUCUACUCGAAAACUUUUGUGUAUAUCACGUAAAUGCACCCGGACAAGAGGAAGGCGCAUCGACGCUACCCGAAGAUUACACUUAUCCGUCCAUGGAAGAGCUGGCAGAACAGCUGCUCUUUGUUCUCGGUCAUUUUGCCAUAAGAUCCGUAAUUGGCUUCGGGGUUGGUGCCGGCGCUAAUAUCCUGGCAAGAUUCACACUUGCCCAUCCGGAAAAAGUUAAUGCACUGUGCCUGAUAAACUGCGUGUCCACACAGGCGGGAUGGAUCGAAUGGGGCUAUCAAAAAUUGAACGUGCGCCACCUGAGAUCACAGGGCAUGACCCAGGGCGUUCUCGAUUACUUGAUGUGGCAUCAUUUUGGCAGGGGGACCGAGGAUCGGAAUCAUGAUUUGGUGCAGGUAUACAAGAACUACUUUGAACGUCGCGUCAACCCGACGAAUCUCGCAUUAUUUAUCGACAGUUACGUUCGCCGUUCGGAUUUGAAUAUAACGAGGGAAUUGGACCCGAUGCGUAAAAGGGAGGGAUUGACACUCAGCGUGCCAGUGAUGAAUAUUACGGGCGCUCUAAGCCCUCACGUCGACGACACCGUAACGUUAAACGGACGCCUGGAUCCGACUAACAGCUCUUGGAUGAAAAUAUCGGAUUGCGGUAUGGUGCUGGAAGAACAACCGGGUAAAGUAAGCGAGGCGUUCCGACUGUUUCUUCAGGGCGAAGGAUAUGUGGUGAAAUCCCCGCGGAAGCCGUCCGUGAAGCCGACAACACCCGAAGUGGCCCCGCUAUCGCCGCUGAAAAUGGCCGACUUCAGACUGGCUUCCUUGGAGGGACUGAAUCACGUCUGCAGCAAGAAGAUCGACUGGCCUACCGCAACCAUACACAUCACGGAGAAUCCGAUAUCGGAGGCAGUCGUCUGUUAAGCAUUUGUUCGCCGAACUUCACCACCGUUAUCGAUUUUCGUUUACUCGCAAUCGAAACAUGCAUAAUCGGAAAAUGAUGCGACUCAGUAACUUAGAAAGGUUUCGUCGGGCAACGAUCCCUCGCGGCACUAAUCGCGCGCUGAUUUUUUUCCGGAGCUUUCGCCGGCACACACUUUACUUUUAAUCGCGAUCUGCGUUAGAUCGACCACACUCGUUCGUAAUAAAUGUUUAAUUCUAAAUAACUAUAAGUUAAGAGUUUUAAAGAUGAAAUAUAUUAAGUUAGGAGAUGUUACAGACGGAGGAAAAGAGAGAAAGAAAGAGAGAUGUUUUACCAAAACUUCUUAUUCGGUAUUAUUGCGAUAUUGUUAGGGAUUUGUAUUGACAUUUAUUAAAAAUAAAUGAGAAGCAAAUGUUAUCGCGUUGUAACGAUCGGAUAUACGUUGAGUCUUAACCUAUUUUAUUUUUAAGAGGUUUAGUGAACGGUGCAAAACGAUUUUUCAGGAUUGUUCAUCUUUUAGAGCAUCGCUCAUAUUUUAUCGUAAAGACAAGUUUCGUAAUCGUUUUAACGGAUAUUUAGAAUUGUGUUUGGAAAAUGUAUUGUUUAAAACUUUAAUGAACAUUAACAUAUUGUAUUAUUGUACUGUCCAGAGUUCAAGAAAUGCGCAAAUAACAACAAUUAAUACUUCAAUAUAUACUUCUAUAUACAUAAAUAUACGUUAACAUUGGCAGAAUCGCAGUUGCGCGUCUUUCUACAACUACGUAACAUCAUAAUAACAGCACGUUCGCUAAAAACAAUAAAAGAAAGAUUCUUCUCAAUUUGAAUGAGAGAGACUAUUAUUUCUUUAUCUAUUCGAUUUGCAAAGAAUUGAUUGAUCCCGGGCUUAUUAUUUAUGAUUCAGAUUUAACGAUAAUAAACAAGCAUUAAAAUCAACAUAAACAAUUACGAGGUUGGUUUUAAUGUUAUUAGCUGGUUAAAUACAUUUGACUUUUUACAACAGUUCCUUAGGAUACAAAAUUUAAUGUCUGUACUGUGGAUGUAGUCUUUAUAGGGGGAUGUAUAUCUGAUAACUCGCGAUUCUUUUAACUAGAACGUGAAUUUAUUUAUUUACUUGCGCUUAUGCACCGUUCGCACCUUUUUGAUGAUUAGUAAGAAAAGAGACUGCCCGUUCAAAAAAGAAAAAGAUACGCAUAUGUUGCAUACGUGUAGGAAUAUAGAGAAUGAGGGUGAAAUACGUAAUUAGUUAUUACAGGAGGUAAGGAAUACGAAAAAUGUCGGGUUCGGUAUUUCUGCGUGGUUUUACCGGGUUUGUUCAAAGCUCUAGCGUGAUAUGAUAAGAUGUGCCUGCUAUACGAUGUACGUAGCUUUCGAAAGUUUCAUCGCCUUUAAUUUUUUACAUAUAUAUACAUAUGAUUCUAGUGCGUCCCCCGAAAUUCCCUAUUUUUCGCGCGUCCUUUUUCUAAGCGUCACGCUCACAACAAUCGGCAUCGACAUAUCUUUUUCUAAAUCGAUUUUAACUCCGGCGAUUGUAUGAACUUAUUUGGAGCGUAUGCAACGAACCACAAUUGCAUUUUUAAUCAAUCACCGAAAAUAAACAAGAAAACGAUUUGUAACGAUUGAUAACGAUGACAAAAUCAACGAUUUUUACGUCAUUACAUCAAACGUGUUCCCUAGAAAACAAAAAAAUCCGAAAGUUUGCCAAUUUGAGAUAUUUCUAGAUAUCGUUUGCGUGUAACGUGCAUAUCGAAACCAUAGGUUACGGAUUUCUUUUCUUAUUUCGCGGCAGAUGUAACAAUGAAGCGCGAGAACGACGAAGGAAGUCGAAACAGCGGACAUCUCGAGGGACAGGAGGUUUAGGUGUUUCGUGUAAAAGAGAGUUUAAGUAUAAGAAUAUAUAAUAGAUAUAUACACACGUCGCGUUAUUUAGAUUAUCGCAAAUUAAAGCAAUGAUAGUUGAGAGCAUAGCGUUAGAACUGCGAGGUUCGACACGAGGCGAUUGAGAGAAUGCACGCAUUAAACGUUGCUAAUGCGAACGCUAUACGGAUAAUACAUAGCUUUUAAGGACUACCGAUGCUCCGCCGUUAAUCCCUUCGUUUCCAACUAGAGAAAUUUCCCUACGGACACUUGGCGAUUAUUGGCACGAAUUAUCUGGACGCUCAAGACAACGAAUUCGUUAAAUUUGUACAUCGACGUAUUACUGAAUUUAAAUUAGACAUAUCGGCCGAAUUUAAUACGCGAUAUCAUCAAAUUACUCGUCGACUGAUCGAUUUUAAUCAGAGUAUUCGUCCAUGUUACUCACGAGACGCAUAUCAGUACAAUAAAUUUUUAAGCAAUUUUUCAACAACACAUGGAAAAUCUAUCGGAUUUAUAUCUGCAUUUUAAUUGGCACAUCAAUGCCGAAAAGAAUCACUCAAAAGAAGACGCGGUAUAACGCCGCUAGUCUCGAAGAGUUUAAAUUUAAAGGGUUUAAAAGAAUCAUUUAACAUGCGAUCGAGUUUCAGCAUCCACUUCUACCUCGUGCGAGGAUAACACGAUUUUCCUUCGCCGCAUGACGCGCAAAGUCCUCGAAUAAAAUUUCUAAUUUUCCACGCGGCAUCGCGAAACAGAUUGUAGCGAGGUGUAUUAAUUACUCAGCAUAAAUGGACUAUAGUACAGUAAGCGAAAUAAACUUAGCUCUGGAGCUUGAAUACAUAUAUAUACGUAUAAAUAUAUUAUACAGGUUAAAAAUUACACGUGCGCACCGAACAUGCAUCUUGUUAUUUAUAAUAAACGGAUACAAAGAAAAUAAUAAAA